AACAGUUGUGUGUUGCAAGAGGAUUAGAGGAAGUGACUGCUGAAAUCAAAGUAUAAAUGCUUUGCAAGGUCAGUCCCAGGAGCAGUUACUGAGGAAAACAGGAGGGCAUAUAAUUCAAAUUAAUCAAAAAAAUUAGCUGCUUUUAUAAAUGUGUUUGCUGUGUUCCUGAGUCACUAGAAUGUCACUCCUGGGUUAUACGGUUCUGCUGUUAUUUUGGAUCUAUUGUGCUGCAGAAAGAGCCUGUGAAGAACCUCCUCCUAGGAGAGUUAAAGAAGUGCCUACUGAAACAUGGGACAAACCUCCCUAUCCACAUGGUACUCAAGCAACAUACAGGUGUCGACCUGGAUAUAUAAAACUUGGACGUAUUGUGUUUCAGUGUGUUGAUGGAGUGUGGGAACAAUCCUUCCCAUGGACAGAAUGCAGAAAUAAGCCCUGUGGACAUCCUGGAGAUAUUCAGUUUGGUUCAUUUGAACUUACCAGUGGAAAGGAGUUUGUAUUUGGUGCCCGAGUUGAGUACAGAUGUGAUGUUGGAUACCAGAUGCUCAGCCUAAGAAAUUACCGUGAGUGUCAGGCAGAUGGAUGGAGCAAUGACGUCCCUCACUGUGAAGUGGCAAAGUGUUUACCAGUAAAAGCACCAGAAAAUGGACAAAUAAUUAUGACCGGUGUGUUUGAGCUAGACCAAGAAUUUUCCUUUGGCCAGGUUGUAAAGUUUGAAUGUAAUGCAAAUUAUAAGCUUGUUGGAGCUAAAGAAGCACAUUGCUCUUCAAAUGGAAGAUGGAGCAGUGAUGUACCUCAGUGCCAAGAAAUUACCUGCGAUGUGCCAGAAAUUCUGCAUGGAUAUGUGCAUUCUCCAAAGGCAUCUUACAAGGAGUCUGAACGACUGCAGUUUUCUUGUGAUAAAGGAUACAGAUAUGGUGAAAGAGCAGAAGCACAGUGUUCUGGAUCAGGAUGGACUCCAACUCCCUAUUGCACUGAAAUUGUAUGCUCUCCUCCAAGAAUUCGCAAUGGAAACUCUGAGCCUCAAAAAGACAUAUACAAGGAAGGGGCUGUAAUCACUGUACGCUGUAAUUCUGGAUAUUAUUUUAAAGCAGUCGGUGGUCAAAACACAGCUGAAUGCACCAAGAAUGGCUGGGUGCCUGCUCCAGAAUGUGUUGAGAAACCAUGUGACUACCCAGUUAUAGAAAAUGGUGUGUUAAGCAGAUCCCUGGAGUACUACAAAAACUAUUAUUUUCCAAUGGGGAUUGAGCAGCAAGCUGAUUACCGCUGUGAUAAUGGUUACUCAACCCCAAGUGGAGAAAACUGGGUUCGAAUUGUCUGUUCUGCAAGGGGCUGGUUUCCAGAGCCAAAAUGCCUGAAAAUAUGUCAAGUGAGACAGCUGGAAAAUGGUUAUUUCCUAUACAGACGGAGGACUGUUUACAAGGAAGGUGAAAAAAUUAGAUAUGCCUGCAGUGAUAACUAUAACCCUGAAAAUGAAGGUGGUGAAGUUACAUGCACAAAGAAUGACUGGUCACCUUCUCCAAGAUGUAUCCGUAAGAAAAUAUGCCAGAGGGUUGAGUUUGACAAUGGUUAUUUCACCACGGGAAAAGCAGCAUUUGGUUUACAGGAGAAGACAACAUAUGGGUGUCAUAUUGGCUAUGUAACUGCAGAAGGACAACAAACAGGACAGAUACAGUGUCAAGAGAAUGGCUGGACACCUCCUCCAAAGUGCAUCAAACCAUGUAAAAUACCUCGUUAUGAGGUUUUGAAUUAUCACACAAAUAAAAUUGUGUUCCUGCCUGGAGAUACACUUGAGUAUGCAUGUUCAGAUGGAUAUCAAACUACAAAUAAUAUGACAACUGGUAGUGCAAGAUGUGACAUAAAUGGUGAAUGGAUUCCAGAGCCCCAGUGUCUUGCAAUAGAAUGUGAAAUGCUGAUAAUUCCCAAUGGAGAUGUUUACCCCAAGGAGGGUAAAUAUCACAAUGGAGAUGUUGUGAGAUUUGCUUGUGCAAAAAAUUACGUAAGAGUGGGACCUACCUCUGCUCAGUGCUAUUACUUUGGAUGGUUUCCAUCACCACCAAUAUGUAAAGUGGACCCCAGAGACUGUGCACCUCCAGCUGAGAUUACCAAUGGAAAUAUUAUCGGUGACAUUGUGGAACAGUAUCGGCAUGGGGACAGAACAGAAUAUGAAUGCAACAACAAAUUUAAAAUGAUUGGAUCAAGGGAAAUAGAAUGUAUUGAUGGACAAUGGUCAUCUCCUCCCUCUUGCAUUGAAGAUAAAAUGCCAUGUGGAUCACCUUCCUCUAUUCCAAAUGUGGUUGUUCUUCAGCAAAACCAAGCCCAGUUUUCUCAUGGUGAUGAAAUAAAUUAUCGAUGUAAACAAGGCACGGGAAGUUAUGGGAAAAAGAAAACAAAAUGUCUUAAUGGGGAAUGGAAACCUUUACCUUUCUGUGGAGAUUCAUCUCAUAAAUGUGUAUCUCCAGUGGAUAUUGAGAUAGUGAAUACUGAACGUGUUCCAAGGCCAAAUAAGGAGACUGCAGCCCACAAAGUUAUAUAUUAUAUAUGUAAAUCAAAUGGCAGCAAUAUUAAAAAAGCAACUUGUAUGUUUGGAAAAUGGUCACCUGAGAUUGAAUGCAUCGCUGAGAAUUCAUGCCCACCUCCACCUCAGCUGCCUGGUGCUCAGCAGAUAGCAGUCAAAAGAAAUUACAAGAGUGGAAGUAAAAUAACGUUUUCCUGUCUGAAGAAUUUCCAGCUUGAUGGUGUGAAUGAAAUAACAUGUAUACAUGGGAAAUGGCAAUCACCACCACGCUGCAUUGAAAGGCCAUGUUUGCCACCACAACCUUUAGAAUGUGCUGAAGUUCCCAGGCUGGAAAAUCAAAAUUUAAGAGUGGAAAAAGAAGGGAAAACAACUUAUCUCGCUGGUGCUAAAUUUAAGUACGUCUCUCGUUCUGGAUUCCUAUUAGAUGGAAAUUCGGAGAUAACUUGUUCUAUGGGAAACUGGACUUCCACUCCUACAUGCACUGAAAUGCCAUGUGGAAGUAUUCCAAAAGUUGCCAAUUCCCAAAUUGAGGGAAGAAACAAGACAAUGUAUGAGCCUGGUGAAACUGUUCGCUACCAGUGUGAUCCAGGGUUCCUGACUGCUGGCCCUCCAGAAAUUAUUUGCAGAGCAGGAAACUGGACAACACCACCCUCCUGUGAAGACGCCAGCUGUGGAGCCCCGCCUGAAGUUCCCAGAGCUUCUACUGCCAGCAGUCAACACGAGAGGUAUCUGCCUGGUGCCAGAGUGCAGUAUGAAUGUGAAACCAAUUUUCAGAUUAUGGGUGUAAAUUAUGUCACUUGUACAAAUGGACAAUGGUCACAAGCACCAACUUGCAGAGACGUGACAUGUGAACCUCCUCCAGAAAUUGCUGGUGGUAAAGUUCAAGGUGUUAAAAAGUCCAGGUAUUUGCCCGGGGAGGAAGCUCAGUAUCGAUGCUGGCAAGGUUUUCAGAUGACUGGGGAUUCCACUGUGGCCUGUCAGAACGGGACCUGGACAGAGCUGCCAAAAUGCAGAGGGAGAGGUGAAAAAUGUGGCCCACCUCCAGCUAUUGAAAAUGGAGACCUUCUUUCGUUCCCGCUGCAAGAGUAUGCGCCAGGUUCGACUGUGGAGUACAAGUGCCAAAGUCUCUACGUCCUGGAAGGAUCUCAGUAUAUUACAUGCACUGAGGGGCAGUGGACAACCCCCCCGGUCUGCUUAGUGGCUUGUACGGCAUCUGAAGAGGAUAUGAACAGAAACAAUAUUGGGCUGAAAUGGACCAGAAGAAACAAGCUGUAUUCGACAUCUGGUGAUUUUAUUGAGUUUCAGUGUAAAAUAGGAUAUGUGCAGGACCCAGCAUCUUCUCCAUUCCGAGUACAGUGUGUAGAGGGGAAGCUAGAGUAUCCACACUGCAAGCCAGGAAAGAAGUGUACGGUGCUUGAGCGUGAUAUGGCAAAGAACAAUAUUCAGCUACAAUCAAGCCUGUCAAGCACUUCCAGCUAUCUCUCCAGCGAACAUAUUUACUUUGAAUGCAGAUCAUGGUGGCACCACAAAAUUUCAAGCCCUGAGGAAUUUAGAGUACAGUGCUUGGAUGGAGUUUUCAAGUAUCCUAGAUGCGGGCUGUGGGGAUAAAUGGAAGUGGCAUGAAGGCGCCUGGCUGCAGAAGUGGAAGAUGCCUCAACCAACCCAGUUAUUACAGUCCAAUCUUACACAGCAUUUUCUGUGUUCUGUGUUUGAAUUCCUGAUACCUUUUUUUCUUUUUAAUAUUGUCUAAUUGCGUUUCCAUUUCCUUUUUAACCAUUCCGUAUUGCUUUCAUUGCCGCAUUUAUUAACGAUUGCGUCCUGAAAUAGGCUGGCUUUGGUGGCCUAGCGAGACAAGAAUUAAAGCCUGCGAGUAAUUUGAUCACCAGCAA